AUGUCCUUUGAGCAAAUAACCUCCAUGGUUCACAAGAAAGGCCUACCUCCCGAUUUCUUGGAGGUUAAGAAAAGUUGUGCGGUAGGAAAGGGACGAAAGAGGCCCUCUGAUACUUUUAUCAUCAGUCAACAGAGUUUCCUUAACCCGGAUUUUUUAAAUCUACAAGAGAAAAAUGAAUCGGGACAUUGCAGUUCUUCCAUUUCAGGAAUACCGCCGUGGCGUGCUGUUGAAGUGAUCCCUAUCGAGAGAGUGCUUUAUGGCAGCGGUAACCCACCAUCACGAUGCCCCGUAUCACCAGAGGAGCAAAGAGCCUACUAUUUUACUGGGAUUACUGCCAAACUGGAACACCGUCGGAAACAGCUUCUAAGUCUUAAACGACUUCUGAUUGAAGAGGGUGAUAUCCUUACCAAAGCUGUGUACAACGAUCUUAAACGAUCACCGCAAUUGACACACAGCUUGGAAUUGAGUCUUGUUUUUGUCGAGAUCGAUUAUAUGGUGGAUAAUUUGAAACAGUGGAGUUCACCUGAACCAGUCAAGAAAACUUUUCUGUCACUUCUAGACACCGUAGCCAUCGUCAAGGAACCGCUGGGUGUGGUCCUUAUCAUUGCUCCAUGGAACUAUCCGUUGUGUCUCGUUUUAUUACCUCUAGUUGCAGCAGUUGCUGCCGGUAAUACAGUGAUAGUGAAACCAUCCGAAUAUGCACCUUUUACUUCCGCAGCUCUACAUGAUCUUUUCUCACACUUUUUUGAUUCGCGGUUUUUGGCGGUCGUUAAUGGUGGCGUUGCUGAAACAACAGAUCUCUUGAAGGAGAAGUUCGAUCAUAUCUUAUAUACAGGAAAUUCAUCUGUUGCUAAGGUUAUUAUGACAGCGGCUGCGCGACAUCUUACACCAGUCACACUUGAACUAGGCGGAAAAAGCCCAGUAAUCGUGGAAAGUGAUAUAAAUCUGGAAGUAAGCUCUCGACGUAUUGUGUGGGGAAAGUGGACCAACUGUGGACAAACCUGUAUUGCACCAGAUUAUGUUCUCGUUACGGAAACACUGAAAACAAUACUAGUAAAUGAAUUCAUCCAACGAUUAAAAGAAUUUUACAGUUCGGAGCCUGAAAAAAGCGACGAUUACAGUCGAAUCAUCAAUGAGAAGCAUUUUGAUAGAUUAUCUAAUUUGCUUGCUCGUAGCAGUGGACAAAUUUUGUACAAAGGUGGCGAGCUCAAUCGCAGUGACUUAUUUAUUCCUCCAAUCAUAAUUGCUGUUUCUGCAGAUGAUGUGCUAAUGGAGGAUGAAAUAUUUGGACCCAUCCUGCCGAUUGUUACUACCAGUGGUUUAGAUGAAGCAAUCAGCUUUAUUCGAUCAAAAGAAAAGCCUCUUGCUGUCUAUCUUUUUACUAGGUCUGAAAAGAAAGUGCGGCAGCUCUAUGCGGAAACGUCAAGUGGUUCUGUGGCAGUGAAUGAUGUUACAUUUCAGUUUAUCAUUGAUACGCUUCCAUUUGGCGGUGUAGGCCAAAGCGGCAUGGGCAGGUAUCGUGGAAAAUUUGGUUUCGACACAUUCACUAACCAUAAAGCACUGUUGAUAAGGGGUUUCUUUGCUGAUGCGUUGUUUGCCAUGCGAUAUCCACCAUUUACCAGUAAAAAAUUCAAAUACCUGAAACUGCUAAUAGAACGAAGACGUCCAUUGCCCAAUUCACUUCAUAGUUGGCUUAUUCGAGUUUUAUUCCUCGUUGCCGGUGUUGCCUUUGGUGCUGCAUUACAGCGCUGUGGAAUUUCCAGUAUAAGUGAUGGAUCCUCCUAA